GAAUCUUUUUAUCCCAAGCGACAUUCAUAUCCCAUCUUCUGUUUGGUCCAUUACAUGCAUAUCUAAUGCCUUGUUCUCCAAAACACAAACCCAACAUAGGCUUCACGUCUUUUGAGAAAUAUUCCUUCCUCACUUUAAUUAUUUCAUAUUAAAAUACCUGAGACAGUUUACCCAUUCCUGUUGGCCAAUAGCCCGCCACGUGGGUAGACUUUUAACACCGAUCGGAAUUCAAACAACGAUGUCCCGACUCCGAUAGGCUCGGUCAUUAUUGAUCGGCGGCCAGGUAAGCCACCAAUCCAUUUUUAUUGUUAUAUGGUGGGACUAAUACAAAUAUAAAAGUCUGUGUCGUACGAACUCCAGUUGGAAAGCCAGAGUCAGAGAUUGAACUUGAUUUUGUCGAUUAUGCCAGCGAUUGUGCAAUUGUACCCUUUGAAUUUCCUUUUUCUUUGUCAGACUUUAUCGCACUGAUCAUUAUCUUGACCUUUGCUCAAACGCUACCAUUGUUUGUUUUUAAAGGCUUUUUGCAGAAACCAUCGAUAGAACCCGGACACCGGGAGUGCACUCACUGUCUUUUCGCAUCAUGUUGAAAUUGCAAAGACAUUUGUUGUGAAUUGUUUUGUGCAACAUCGAUGUGCGACAUUACAAACUCAUGUUAAGAAGACUUUGAAAAGCGCGGAUUUCCUUUUUGGCAAAACGGAAGGACUGAAGGCCGGAAUGAAAUGCUGCGACAGUAACGGAUGCGUAUUCUGAGGCUGGUACAGACGACAUGGUGUGCCCAUCAGGGUCCCGUUGCGGAUGGUGGCGUUGGGUCGUCACAUUCGCGACUUUCGGUCAGUUUUUCUUAACUCUCGGACCCCUGUUCAACUUCAGCAUUCUGUUUGUGAGCCUGCAGGAGGAUUUCCAUUCCAGCUCGGCGUUGACAGGUUGGCUAGGGUCUUUGUCACUUGCACUGGCUUGCAUUGCUAGUCCUUUAUGCUCUCUCCUUACACACAAGCUGAGCAGUCGAACCGUCGCCAUCUUGGGGGUGAUUGCCUUCUGCGCAGGACUGUUGACGACGUCAUUCGUUCCCGUGCCAUCGCUGGGAUAUGCGUUCUUCACGUUUUCGAUCUUGACGGGCGUGGGCGCCAACCUGGCCACGACUGCCUCCUUGGCCCUCCUGCUUGACUGGUUUGCCAAGGCGAACUUCUCGCGGGCAAGCGCCCUCGCUCAAAUGGGAUCCACAUUCGGUAUGCUUGCCUUUAGCCCUUUGUUGACAGCCUUCAUAACUCACUACGGAUGGCGUAAUGCGCUGAGAAUUCUCAGCGGUGGAAUACUCGUGAUCGGGAUAGUUGACGGUCUGCUGCUGGCUGACCCACCAUCAACCGAGGACUACGCUAGGGCGCCCGAUGAGUCUCCUGGUGAUGAGAAACAUGAAUUGGAGAGCAUGGUCCCGGGGAAGCAGGUUCAUGAUGACGGCUGCAUUGAAGGGACUGACGAUGAUGCACGAGAAACUGACGACAAAACCACCGACAACGAGGAAGCAAACAUUUCAAAUCAAGGAUCUCUCAAAGUUGGAGAUGAGAGGCAUUUUCGUGGAAGGCUAAUUAGUGCUUUAACGAACCCUGAGGCUUGGGCAUGGCACUUUGCUGCGGUUUUCUCAUUUUUGGGCUGGACUUUCUUCAAUACUAAUUACGCUAAUUAUCUGGACGGACUUGAUCUUGACAGCAACCGCAUUGCCUCCGUCAUCGUGUACUUUGCUUUGGCGGAACUUGGCGGGAAGUUCCUCAUAGCCGUGAUUGGAGAUCGUCUGCCUUUCUUGUAUCUUUAUCUGUUGAUGGCCUCCUGUCUCCUGGGAACCGUCGUUCUGGGGUUUCUGACCAUUGCCAAGACGUUUGGUGUAAUGGUACUUCUUGCAGUGGUUUCUGGGGUUCUACGGUCAGGCGUCUAUGCAGCACAAUUUACAGCCGCAGCUGAACUUUUCCACGGGCAGUAUGGCACUAACGGUGUUAUGGUUAUAACGUUAGUUCCCUCCGGAAUCGGAGUUCUGAUCAGUGCACCGUUAGCGGGUGCAAUCUAUGACGUCACAGGUGACUACGUUCUUAGUCUUCUUGUCAUUGCCGCCCUCUUCGUUUGCGCUUCAGCGGCCUAUAUAUUUAUUCCAGUAAGAAGGAGAAUUAAUCAGGCCGUGCAUGUUGUGUAAACACGCCCGCCCUCUAUACGAAUUUGGAGAUUGUGUCCCGAAUUUCGUUUCAAAAAUAAUGACGAACCCUGGCACGUGAUCACUGUACACUCCCGAGGCCCCCUUCAAUGGAGAAACCAUUGUGCACCCUAAUGUACAAAGCAACUUCCCCGUGACGGAUUAUCAGAACGAUAGCUAGCUCAAUGCUUUUGCCAUCACUGGGGUUCCCACGGUGAAAAAAAGGAUAGCAUAAUAAUGGUUUACGAUAAUAUGAAUAGAACAUCGGCGUGACACUGAAAUAAGUUGUUUGAAUCCGUCAUUUUUAAGCGAACAUGCCAUGCGUCCCAUCAAAGUGCCCGAUAUUUUAAACACAAACGGCCCAUGCAUCAACAUUAUACCGCUGCUUUUCUCAAUGUGCAAUUUAUCGAAAUUACAAUUCAUUCUUCAGACGCUAUAACUGAGCAGUGAAAUUCACGAACCCCCCAAAACAUGGCAUUUUGAACGUUGUGUUUCUCAGAAAAAUAUGCU